AGCAGACAUAGAUGCAGCAUGGAAAUCACCACUGCCUACCUAAUACUGUCAGCCACAAUAAAUAUCAAUCCAAACAAAUGUCAGUUCUUUCGAUAUGAGAACAUCCAUCUGAGCUGUGCAGUGUCAGGGUAUCCCAGCAACUGGACAGUGAGGAGAAACACUUCCUCUGAAACAUCUCAGCCAUGCAAAGGUGGAUUUGGAGACCCCAAUGUGACCUCCUGCAUCCUUUCAGAUGUUUACCCAUCAGACAGUGGAUUAUACUGGUGUGAGUCUGAGCAAGGAGAGUGCAGCAACAUUGCCAACAUUACAGUAGCAGCUGGUGUCGUGAUCUUGGAAAGUCCUGCAAGUCCUGUGACCGAGGGAGACAUUGUGACACUUCACUGUUCUUACAAGGAAAGACGUGUUAAAACUUCUACAUCAGAUUUUAAUGCUACGAUCUACCAAAACAAUAAAUAUAUUGGGACAGCACUCAAAGGAAAGAUGACUUUAAGUGUGUCCAAGUAUGACGAAGGGUCCUACAAGUGUCAACACCCCACAAAGGGAGAGUCACCACAGAGUUUUUUGGCUGUGAAAGCCAGAGCCACGCAUAGGAGUGAUCCUACUCCUCCUCCUCCGAUGUCUCUGCCCAAGCUGGUGUGCACGGUCGUACUGUUCAUCCUCUACACUGGUGUCCUCAUACUAUGUAUAUACACGUAUCGAAAGUGGGCUCAAGCUCGAGCUGAUGCUUAAAGGAGAGCACUUGGAGUGUUUGAAGAAGAGCGAAAACAAUGAUCAACUUAUUACUGGAAUUAAAGCAAUAUUGUAAUUUUUCUUUUGUCUUUUACGAUCUCGUUGUAG